GGAGGAGGAGGAGUGAAUAUAACUAAGUGGAGGGCAGGCGUGGGGAUCAGAUCGCCUGGGUACCUUCUCCAGCGCGCAGCCCUCACUGUUGUAGGGACGUGAUGAUGUCGCCAGGACUGGUAGUGGUGGUGCUGGUGGUGAUGGCAGCGGCAGGACAAGGAAAGGACUUGCAGGGGUCCCUAAAGCUUCAACACCUUCGGAAAACGCUCCUGCAGGGUUAUGACAAAGAGGCCCUGCCGCCAACUCCAGUAACUGUCAACGUUUCCCAAUUUAGCAUCAGAGAUUUGGAAAUGCACGAGGGAGCGCAUCGCCUUUCCCUCCACGCCUGGCUGGGCUACUCGUGGUAUGACCAGAGGCUGUCGUGGAAGGCUGAGGACUAUGGAGGCGCAGAGAUGAUGACCAUCUCCUCUCGUGACGUGUGGCUGCCUGACUUCUCAGUCUAUAAUGCGGGAGACGCCGAGGCCACGCUGCUCACGUCCAGGUUCCGGGUGAUCGUGUAUCCCGAUGGCAAGGUGCUAUACGUGCCCAGCCUCGACCUCCACUACUCCUGCGUGGCGGAUCUUACCUACUGGCCGCACGACACCCAUAACUGCACCCUCAAGAUCGGCUCCUGGGUCCACAGUGGCAGGCACAUCGACAUCAGCGUGCAGAAGAACUUCUCUACGGAAGUGGAUGAUGAAGUCACGAAGAGUCCCGAUGGUCAAAUGGACACGAUGGAGUGGAAGAUCUUAAACGUCAACCUCAAACGCCUCUCCAAAUUUUACGACUGCUGCACCGAGCCUUACGUCAGCCUGAUGGUGAACAUUAUCGUGCAGAGGGAGGCACCUGCUUUCUGCUGGAUCAUCAAGACACCUGCUGUUUGUCUGGUGCUUCUGACGGUGGUUCUGUUCAUCCUUCCUCCCGGUGCUGGCGAAAAGAUUGUCUUUGGAGGUAUGAACAUCAUCCUUAACCUGAUGUUCCUCAUCUUCACCCACGGCACCGUCCGCAACGCCCCGAGCCACACGCCUCUCCUGGUCCAGCUGAUCAGCUUCCAGCUUGUCCUGGCUGUUAUCAGCACCAUAGUGGCUGCAGUGCUGGUGAGGGCUGCCCGGGGUCCCUACACCACGCCGCCCUCCCCAGGCCUUCACCGCCUCGCCCUCACCCUCGCCCCGACAUUCUGCCUCUCUGCCUACGUCAAACAGGCGUCGGGACAGGGGCGGCUCGGGCCAGGAACACCGAAGAGCGAUGAGGUGGAGAUCGGCAGCGAGGCGGACGGCACUCGGUCUGGGGAACAGGGUGUGAUGGCGGGCCAGUGGCUGCUCUUGGGUGCUGUCCUUGACCGUCUCUCUCUUGCUGUCUACCUCUGCAUCAGCAUCAUCAUGCUCAUCAGGUCCUCCAGCGUGCUCUAAGGACGUCCUAAAGAACUCCUUCACCUCACGUCACCUGUGGCCUGCUUAAUUUCCUGCAUAUCUGCUUGUUUCCAUCCCCGGCCACACUUGUAAUUUACAAGGUUGCGUGAGGUUAUCGGAACACCCCGAUCCCACAGGCAGAUUGGACAUGUUCUGGAGCAUUGCUUUCAAGUCAUUUUGGGAUCACAUGAAGGUCACUGCAGUUAACCUGAAGCCUCGUAGAAGUUACUGAAGUUACUUAGCAUUACGUAUUAGACACCGGAGUAAUUUGAAGUCACGUAAUGAACAUAGAAGUCAUUCAAAGCUAUCAAGAAAUCACCUUAGUCUUUGAAGUGAUGUGAAGUCGACUGAGUGUUACUGAAGCCUGCCUACGAAUCCUCUGACAUCACCUUAGAGACACAGGUAAUUCCGAAUUAUCUUGAUAAAUAUUUUCGUUUUAUAAGUCACCUGCAAUUCGCCUGCCCCCGAUUCCCACUGCAAUACUCACUGUUACGUGUGCAUCUGUGUGUUACCUAAUAGUACAUUUGUAAUUAGCACUCAAGUCGCCUGUCAACGCCUUUGAUCGUCGCUAUCUGUUUAGAGAGUGUUGUUCUCUAGUUUUUUUUUUAUUUUGCUUGCUGAACUGUUUGUAAAAUUUGCUUCUUAGUGUUUCUUUUUCGUCAUCUUAUAUACUUUUAUCGUGUGUGUGUGUGUGUGUGUGUGUGUGUGUGUGGGUGUGUGUGUGUGUGUGAGAGAGAGAGAGAGAGAGAGAGAGAGAGAGAGAGAGAGAGAGAGAGAGAGAGAGAGAGAGAGAGAGAGAGAGAGAGAGAGAGAGAGAGAGAGAGAGAGAGAAUGUGUGUGUGGGUGUGUGUGUGUGUGUGUGUGAGAGAGUCUGUGCGUAUGGGUGUUGAAUGUAGUACCAAAAUAGUUUGAAAAAGUAUGAAUAAGAGUAAUUAAUUACAUCUCGAAGAGACAGGCUUGCACAUAGUGAGGUAGUGCUGCGUGAUGCAAUGCCUUGUGGAUGAUGUUACCACACGGCUGCUAGUCAUAGCACAAAAAUGUCUAUGCAUGAUGAUGGACAUAUGAGUGAAAGUCAGUGGUACUUGUUUACUGUGUAAAGUGGUAGAGUAGUAUGUAGUGACGCAGUGACAUAUAGUACAAUGAUGUAGAUGUACUUUGGUUUAACAUAAUGACUAGAAUGUCCUUGUUGAGAACACAGAAUGGGUCCUUAGGGUAACACCAUGCUUCACGCUGGCAACAGAUUGUGUAUGGAAGGUUUGUCACGCACGCCUUCCAUCCUACACCUCCAGCAUCGCCUUCUGCAGCAGCGCGGUGUGUCCUGAGGGCGUGAGGCUGAUGGUGGUGGUGGUUGUGGUGGUGGUGGUGGCGGUGGUGGUGAUGGUAGUGGUGGUGGUGGUGGUGGUUAAGGUAUGAGUUCCAUCACCUGAGAGACCGUAUCGUAGUCGUUCCAGUUUCCCACUUCCCAAAUUCCAGGUUUCAGAUUUCAGGGCUCCUCGAAUUGUUCUCGCUUCUCGCCGCCCACCACCGCAUCCUCCCAUUGCAGAUGGUGGGCCGCGGGCGGCUGAGUACAGGGGGACAAUGUGUUGAGUAACUUUUUCAACGUACGUGGAGGGCGACAGAUUCAUUUGAUAAAAGAUCACAUAUACCAUAAAUUUCCCCCGGGUCUGGGUGACCUUUCAUCCCUCAGCCUCCCUCCCACCGCCCUCCCCAGCCUCACGAACAGGCGUACUGUAACUGAUUAUUUGCAGCACUAACUCGUGAUGUGUAACCAAUGCUUGCAGCAAUUCGCCAGCACUAGUGAUGUAGCGCCAUGCAGCACCAAUAAAUUGUAACUUCACGCA